CCUCCUCCUCCUCCUCCUCCUCCUCAUCCCACUUCUGACUUUUAACUCUGCUCUCCAAUGAUUAUCCCAAAAAGCGUAACCAGCACCUUUUUGAUUUCCUAACACUAUGGACUCAGUAGUAGAUGUCCUGAUUGCAGGCGGUGGUCCAGCCGGUCUCACUGCAGCCCUCACGCUGGCCCGUCAACUCCAUACAGCCGUUGUAUUCGACAAUAAAAGCUAUCGCAACGCAAAUGUCUCUCACAUGCACAUGAUUCCAACCUGGGACCACAGAAAUCCAGCUGAAUUCCGCGCUGAGGCCCGCGAUGAAGUUCUCUACCAUUAUGACACUAUUAAGAUCGAAGACGUGGAUCUGAAGACAGCAGAGAAGACCAGCGACGGACUUUUUCAACUUGUCGAUGCCAACAACAAGGUCUGGAAAGGGAGAAAGCUGAUUCUUACUACCGGUUCGGAAAACGUCUUCCCUGACAUUCCCGGAUACGCAGAAGCGUGGGGUCAGAGAAUCUACCACUGCCUCUUCUGCAAGGGGUACGAAGACCGCUAUACAGACAGUGCCGGCGUCCUCGCCAUCCAAUCCGCUGGUAAUGUGCCCAUGGCCAUGCAUCAGACAGAAUCGGCCGCUCAGCUCGCCCGAAAGGUGACCAUCUACACGAAUGGAGCGGAGGAACUCGGGGCUCAGAUUGUAUCGACCCUAACCGACAAGGACAAGUCCCGCAUUACGGUUAACAAUACCCCAAUCCAGAAGCUCACUCAUACCCGCUCCUUGGUUUACCUAGAGCUCGCGGAUGGCACGACUAAGGAAGAGACCUUCCUGGUCCAUAGCCCCAACACGACUGUCAAGGGUCCGCUUGCCAGUCAACUUGGUCUGGAGCUUACCCCAAUGGGCGAUAUUAAUGCCGCGCCGCCGAUGCACCAGACCAGUGUGCGCGGUGUGUUUGCAGCGGGUGACUGCAUCACUCCAUACAAGGUUAUCGCGGGCGCGAUUUCAAGCGGUUGCAAUGCGGCGGUGGCUGCUUCGGCACAGCUAUUGGCGGAGAAGCAUGGCCAUCAGCCGCUGUUUUGAUUGCCUUGCAGUGAAUGUUGAGGAAUGGUAAUCAUUGCGAACAGUACCCAUUGUGGUGGCUCUUCGCGGGUUAGGUGGUUUGGUCAGUUACACAUUAGCAUGCCAUUGCAGUUCAUCUCUUUAUCGUAUCAUCAUCGGUAUACCAAUGGGUAUGUUUAUCGCGGGCGAAGAACAGCCUGGUGGGGCAGUUAACGAUUGACAGAAUAGUAUGAGACUAGAAUAGCGUGAAACUAAGAUCCCAACCCUUGGAUUAAAUGAUAUAUCUGUAUCUAACGAAUACUGU